GAGAACAUUCAUUCAGCCGAAAUGACCUUCCAGAAUGUUCCAUGCAUAGAAUUGGACCUAAGGUAUGGAUUUCAAGUUUGAAUCAACCAUGACCCAAUCUGAAACAAUAUGCAUGAGGUUAGGAUUUUAGAGUGAGAAUCCUUUUGCAUGAGAAUGAUAUAUAAUUCUCAGUGCAGAGCUAGGAUCAUAAAUGUGAAGACGAAUAUGGUGUUCUCGCCAUUAAUAAAUAUUGGAAUAAUGAUGAAAUAACUUCUGUGACCAUCGAACGGAAUCACAUAAUUUUGAACCAACGCAUCGAUCUCGAUGCUGAAUCGGACUCAUUACAUUGCCCAUCCAAAACUAUAUAUUUAUCUCAUUUUAAAUAAAACUAUCAAUUUGUUUUGCCAGAUGGAAUAUUCUAACCCUAUAAAUACCACUCAACUAAAGGAAAGGCUCCAUGAGAUAGAAAAUAAGAAUAGAAUAUUGCUUUGGCUCAUAUCCAAAAUUCCCAAAAGACAAACGCCAAAAAUAAAACCCAUAUCCAAAACAUAAAUCUAUUGUUCCAAUCCACUGCCACACCAAGCCUUUGUUGACCAACUGUCCAAAAACAUGGGCAGUACUUCCAUCCUCGAUGCACUCAAUGUCCGUGUUGAAGGCUCCGGCGACAAAUACCUCGUUUUCGCUCAUGGCUUCGGCACCGACCAAUCUGCGUGGCAGCGCGUGCUCCCUUACUUCACCCGUAACUACAAAGUCAUUCUCUAUGACCUUGUUUGUGCCGGUAGCGUCAACCCCGAUUACUUCGAUUACCGUCGCUACACUGCUCUCGACGCUUACGUCGAUGACCUCCUUAACAUCCUUGACUCCCUCCACGUCACUCGCUGUGCUUAUGUUGGUCACUCCAUCUCCGCCAUGAUAGGAAUGUUAGCUUCCAUUCGCCGCCCUGAACUCUUCUCUAAACUCAUCCUCAUCGGUGCUUCCCCAAGAUUCUUGAAUGAUGGAGAAAAUUACCAUGGAGGAUUUGAGCAAGGAGAAAUUGAGCAUGUAUUUUCUGCAAUGGAAGCAAACUAUGAAGCGUGGGUGAACGGUUUUGCGCCGUUGGCGGUUGGCGCGGAUGUUCCGGCGGCGGUUAGAGAAUUUUCUAGAACUCUAUUCAACAUGAGACCAGACAUAACACUUUUUGUUUCAAGAACAGUUUUCAACAGUGAUCUGAGAGGGAUUUUAGGAUUGGUUAAAGUACCUUGUUGUAUUAUGCAAACGGCGAGGGACAUGUCGGUUCCAGCGGCGGUGGCGACGUACAUGAAGGAGCAUCUUGGCGGGAAGAGUACGAUUCAGUGGCUGGACACGGAGGGGCAUCUUCCUCAUUUGAGUGCUCCUUCUUACUUGGCUCAUCAGUUAGAGAUAGCACUUUCGCAGUAACGCGUGGGGUUUAAGAUUGUGUUGGGCGCGUGAAUUUGGGUUGUUAAAUAUAGUAAGCUGACCAAUAGUACUGGUCUAAUCUCUAGAAAGGGACACGUGUCGAAUAAUGUGUGGGUUUUGGGUCAUAGAGUUCAUGAGAUUUUUAAUUUAGGAUAAGAAUCUGCACGUGAUGUCAUGUGAUGUGUGGCCAUUUUUAGGUUUUUCUCUUUUAAUUUGUAGUAAUUGUAAAAGGAAACAAAGAAAAAGAAAAAAAAAAGAAAAAGAAAUGUCUUGUUUCUUUUAUUAUAUAGUAUAAUCAUCGUGAUUAAUUAGUA